ACGCUUUUCCAAUUGCCUUGGCCUUCUACAUUUUUUGGUUAUUGUUUAGUGCUUCGGUCAGUGAGUGCGUGUGCGCAGAAGUGUGACUGUGCGUGGACUGCCAAGAAAAGGGGGGAAGAGAGUACAUUUAUGCAGUGUUGAAACCCACAAAGUGUUUGAUUAAUUGACCCAGAGAAGCUAGAAUCAAAAUGGGUGCUCGGGAUUUUCUUGAAGAAGCUGGACCUAGUAGCUUUAAUGAGAAAUUUUCUAAUGGUUCCUUCAGAAUGGAUAUUGACGAUGACAUGGACUUUGAUUGUUCUGAUUCGGACGAUGAGCUUGACAGCUCCCUCCAAGAUUUGGACGAGGGUUUUCUAAAGAGUUUCUGCAAGAAAGCCUCAACUGCGUUUUUUGACCAAUAUGGAUUAAUUAGUCAUCAAAUUAAUUCAUACAAUGAUUUCGUUAGAAACGGAAUUCAAAAAGUGUUCGAUUCUAUUGGGGAGAUCCUAAUCGAGCCUGGAUAUGAUCCAUCAAAGAAGGGGGAUGGUGAUUGGAGGCGCGCAUCUCUGAAGUUUGGGAAGGUCACCCUUGAGAAACCAAAAUUUUGGACUGGUGAAAAGUUUUCAUCUGUUGACGGUGCUAAGGAGUAUUUGAAUCUUUUACCCCGUCAUGCUCGUCUUCAGAACAUGACUUACUCAUCUAGGAUCAAAGUUGAGACUCAUCUUGAGGUGUUCACCGAAAGUCUCUCCAGAAGUGACAAGUUCAAAACUGGUGUGGAAAAAUUUAUUGAGAAGACAUUACUGCAUGAGUAUCAUACUGAUGUUAACUUUGGGAGACUCCCAGUUAUGGUGAAGUCGGAUUUAUGUUGGAUGAGUGAACUUGAAGAAAGGGAUUGUGAAUUCGAACAAGGAGGAUAUUUCGUGAUUAAGGGGGCUGAGAAGACAUUCAUUGCACAGGAGCAAAUAUGCCUUAAGAGACUGUGGGUGGCCAAAAGUCCUGCUUGGACCAUUUCAUAUCGGCCAGUUUCUAAACGAAAAAGAAUUUUCGUAAAGCUAGUUCCAAAAGUAGAGCACAUAACAGGAGGAGAAAAGAUUCUCACGGUCUAUUUUUACGUUACAGAAAUUCCUAUUUGGCUUUUGUUCUUUGCUUUGGGUGUUCCAAAUGACAGAGAGGUGGUAAAGAUGAUUGAUCUUGAUGUAGAAGAUUCAGCCAUCUCUAACAUACUUAUUGCAUCAAUUUAUGAUGCUGACAGGAAGUAUGAGGGUUUCCGUAAGGGAGGAAAUGCACAAAAAUUUAUCAAGGAACUCAUGCAGGGUUGUAGAUUCCCACCUACAGAGUCAGUGGAAGAAUGUAUCACAAACUACCUCUUUCCCCAUCUCAAAAGCCCAGAGCAGAAGGCUUGUUUUCUUGCUUAUAUGGUCAAAUGUCUCUUGGAAGCUUAUAGAGGGCGCCGCAAAGUUGAUAACAGAGAUGAUCUUAGGAACAAGAGGUUGGAGUUGGCCGGUGAGCUACUUGAGCGCGAGCUAAAAGUUCAUAUCAAACAUGCAGAGAGGCGAAUGGUUAAAGCUAUACAGAGAGACCUUUAUAAUGACCGAGAGGUGCAGUCUAUUGACCAUUACUUGGAUGCCUCAAUCAUCACAAAUGGUCUUUCAAGAGCUUUCUCAACUGGGGCUUGGUCGCACCCUUACAAGAGGAUGGAAAGAAUUUCUGGUAUAGUGGCUACUAUUAGGCGAACUAAUCCACUGCAGGCAACAGCUGAUAUGAGGAAAACUCGCCAGCAAGUCUCAUACACGGGCAGGGUUGGUGACGCUAGAUACCCACACCCAUCUCAUUGGGGUAAGAUUUGCUUCCUCUCGACGCCGGACGGAGAAAAUUGUGGACUGGUUAAGAAUCUGGCCAGCAUGGGUCUUGUUAGUACUGAUAUCUUGAAUCGGGAAUCUCUUCUUCAAAAAUUUUAUGAAUGUGGAAUGGAAAUGUUGGUUGAUGAUGCUUCAGCUCUGCUCAAUGGGAAGCAUAAAAUUUUUCUUGAUGGAGAUUGGGUUGGAAUCUGUAAAGAUUCCUCAUCGUUUGUUGCAAGGGUUAGACGCAAACGCCGCAAGACGGAAGUGCCACAUCAGAUUGAAAUUAAAAGAGACAAGCAUCAUGGAGAAGUUCGUAUUUUCGCUGAUGCUGGAAGAAUACUCCGUCCUCUCUUAAUUGUUCAAAAUUUGAGGAAAAUCAAAGAUUUGAAAGGAGAUUUUUCAUUUCAGUCACUUCUGGAUAGUAGCAUAAUAGAGUUAAUAGGUCCUGAAGAGGAAGAAGAUUGCCAAACUGCAUGGGGAGUAAGAUACCUUUUCACAGCUGAAUUAGAGAAUCCACCAAUCAAAUACACACACUGUGAACUUGAUAGUUCUUUUUUAUUAGGACUAAGUUGUGGAAUCAUCCCCUUUGCAAAUCAUGAUCAUGCAAGGAGAGUUCUGUAUCAGUCUGAGAAGCACUCUCAGCAGGCUAUUGGGUUCUCAACCACAAAUUCAAGCAUUAGAGUAGAUACAAACUCUCAUCAAUUGUACUACCCCCAGCGGCCACUUUUUAGAACCAUGCUUUCAGAUUGCCUUGGGAGAUCAAAAUAUGAUCACCAUAAGGGCAUGCUGCCACGACCUGAGUUUUUCAAUGGCCAGUGUGCUAUCGUGGCUGUCAAUGUCCAUCUCGGCUACAACCAAGAAGACUCCUUGGUAAUGAAUCGUGCUUCCUUGGAGCGUGGUAUGUUUCGCUCUGAACACGUCCGGAGUUACAAAGCUGAGGUUGAAAAUUCAGAAGCAGCUGGGAAAAAGGCGAAGACUGAUGACUUGGUUAGCUUUGGAAAGAUGCAAAGCAAGAUUGGACGUGUUGAUAGCCUUGACGAUGAUGGCUUUCCAUACAUUGGUGCGAAUCUCCAAACUGGUGACAUAGUCAUUGGAAAGCAUGCUGCAUCCGGGGUCGAUCAUAGCAUCAAGCUCAAGCACACUGAGAAGGGCAUGGUUCAGAAGGUUGUCCUUUCCGCUAAUGAUGAGGGGAAGAACUUUGCUGUUGUAUCAUUGAGACAGGUUCGUUCUCCAUGUCUUGGGGACAAGUUUUCUAGCAUGCAUGGGCAGAAGGGUGUGCUGGGGUUCCUGGAGUCCCAGGAAAACUUCCCUUUCACUAAACAAGGAAUAGUUCCUGACAUUGUGAUAAACCCUCAUGCAUUUCCUUCUAGGCAAACGCCCGGUCAGCUCUUGGAGGCUGCGUUGGCCAAAGGGAUUGCACUCGGGGGCGGUCUAAAAUAUGCCACCCCGUUUACCUCCCCAUCAGUUGAAGAUAUAACAGCGCAGCUUCACAGGCUUGGAUUUUCGAGAUGGGGGGAUGAGAGAGUUUACGAUGGGCGAACUGGUGAAAAGGUCCAGUCCCUUAUCUUUAUGGGACCGACAUUCUACCAGCGGCUCACACAUAUGGCCGAAGACAAAGUGAAAUUCAGGAAUACCGGGCCAGUUCACCCUCUUACUCGUCAGCCUGUGGCCGACAGGAAACGUUUCGGUGGAAUCAAGUUUGGCGAGAUGGAGCGAGAUUGCCUCAUAGCUCACGGUGCAGCAGCCAACCUACACGAACGUCUCUUCACCCUUAGUGAUUCAUCCCAAAUGCAUAUAUGCAGGAAAUGCAAGAACAUGGCCAAUGUAAUCCAGCGACCGGUGUUUGGUGGUCGGAAGAUACGUGGGCCUUAUUGCCGUUUCUGUGAGUCUGUGGAAGAUGUGGUGAGGGUGAACGUGCCUUACGGGGCUAAGUUACUGUGUCAGGAGCUAUUCAGCAUGGGGAUAUCUCUCAAGUUUGAUACUGAGCUAUGUUGAGAUGCUCUCGAUAAGGGUGAAUGUUGCUGAUUCAUUGUUUCUCCAGCAUAGAUGUCCGAAUUACAGCUACCUAGGUGUGUGUAUAUAGGAUGCAACUUGACUUCCCAACUUUCUAACUUUGCAUGUAUUUCUUUCUGGGAUGUCUUUACAUCAUCUCAAACGGCUGCCCCUCAUCUCUUUUGAACAUAUUCCCCAUGACAUGGUUCUGUCCGAAGGCUGUAAGCCAAGAGAUGUAGCAAAUUUGUGUGUUGUUUUAAAUCAAGGGAAGUUUGUAAUUUUUCUUAA